AUAAAAGCAGCUUGAUAGUCUUGACCUUUGAAUUCUCAAAAUGUAAACACAAACUGUGUCGCAUUUCGAUUUUCCUGCUUUAUUAAAAAAGCCUGAGCACGUGUUAACACAUAUGGGACAUCCUUGUAAAUUACAACAUACUUUAAGGGUAAUUUCGUCUUUUCACAAUCAGACUUCUUUUUUCUUCACCCUGUUAAGUGCUUCUUCAUUUAUUACUCCACCAGAAAAAACUCAGAACCAGAAAAAGGAACAAAACAAAAAUAAAGCGCGAAAUUAGUUUUCACCGGCGAGAUUUUUUAUCCUCUCUACGAGAUAACACUUAGAAGAAGAGGCAGUUAAAACAGAGAGACGACGUCGUGUUAUUUUUCCAAAUUCCGGUGAUCUGAGAAUGACGUCGGGGACUAGAACGCCGACUUGGAAAGAGAGAGAGAACAACAAACGGCGAGAGCGGCGAAGACGAGCGAUUGCGGCUAAGAUCUUCGCAGGACUAAGGAUUCAUGGAAACUUCAAGCUCCCUAAACACUGCGACAACAAUGAAGUCCUCAAAGCUUUAUGCAAUGAAGCUGGUUGGACUGUAGAAGACGACGGAACUACUUACCGCAAGGUAAACCAAAAAAAAAAUCUCGAUCCUAAAUUUCUUGAAAAAUAUUAUCGAUUUUGUAGAUUUUUUUAAGGAUUAUUAAAACUGUGAAUAGAUCUAACCGUUCGAUUUUGCUGAGAGAAAAAAAAUCGACGGUUGGGAUUUAGUUUGACUGGUUUAGUUAGUCAUAGCAAACGUCAGAUCGAAACCGUUCCGGUGAACUGAAACAAAAGCAUGAAUGUCUUAAGAUUCGCUGAUGCUUUCACACAAACUCUCUGUUCACUUUCAGAUGAGAAUUAUACGUAGUGACCACAUUACCCUUACUAAUCACAUGGUCUUACAAUAAUAUUUAGGGUAAUAUCGUCAUUUAGUGAGGUAUUAUAGAAAAUGUGUAAGCUUUGAGAAUUUUUCUUUUUGUGUUUUUCUUUGGUCACACAACCUUUUGCUUUAUAAUUGAAACUUUAGGACACGUCUGUUUCACGAAAACUGCCAUUGGUAAUGGGUUUAGAUUCCUUUGUACAACGAUCGAGGGAUGCAAACCAAUGGAUCGAAUGGACCUCAUGAAUGGUUCUACUUCAGCUAGUCCAUGCUCAUCGUAUCAACAUAGCCCUCGUGCUUCCUACAAUCCAAGCCCUUCGUCUUCAUCAUUCCCGAGUCCUACAAACCCAUUUGGUGAUGCUAACUCACUAAUCCCAUGGCUCAAGAACCUCUCUUCAAACUCACCUUCCAAGCUUCCCUUCUUCCAUGGAAAUUCAAUAAGCGCUCCCGUGACUCCGCCAUUGGCUCGAAGCCCUACUCGUGAUCAAGUAACCAUCCCUGACUCUGGAUGGCUCUCAGGAAUGCAAACUCCGCAGAGCGGACCGUCUUCUCCUACUUUCAGUUUAGUUUCAAGAAACCCGUUUUUCGACAAAGAGGCUUUUAAAAUGGGAGAUUGUAAUUCACCAAUGUGGACUCCUGGACAAAGUGGAAACUGCUCUCCAGCUAUUCCUGCUGGUGUUGAUCAGAACUCUGAUGUGCCAAUGGCUGAUGGAAUGACGGCUGAGUUUGCGUUUGGUUGUAACGCAAUGGCUGCGAAUGGAAUGGUGAAGCCUUGGGAAGGAGAAAGGAUACAUGGAGAAUGUGUUUCAGAUGAUUUAGAACUUACACUUGGAAACUCAAGAACCAGAUGAUCAUUUCAGAGAAGAAUCAAAGUCGUUUGCUAUCAUUAAGUCUUCUUUUUUGUCUGUCUUUUUUUUCCAGUGUGAUGUUUAAAGGUGACUCAGAGGAAAAAAAGGAGAAUAGAAAGAGAAACAAAAAAAGAACAUUUUGAGCUCUGUUUUCUUUUUUUUUUUUCUUUUUUUUUUUGUUGGCUUUUGACUAAAGUUGUAGUUAGAAUCUAUUUUAUAUCUUGAAGCUUCUUUAAAAAAAAAGUUAUUUGUGGAAAUUCGAUUUGAGAUUAGUGAUGUUAGUAUAAUGAAUUUUAUAU